AAAUCAAACACAAGCACCUCUCAUCUCAUAAACCCCAUCAAGGAACCCCGCCUUCUCCUCUCCUCCCGCGUCCGACGAUCCUCACGCAAGCACCGAACAUGAGCACCAGCGAGGCCGCCACUGUCAUCCCCGUUUACGACGUCGCCCCCGGCCAGGGCGCGCCCUCCAAGGCCCCCGCAGCCGCGCCCCCGUCUGCCGCGGCGGCCGCUCCUGCAGCUGCGGCCACGACGACAGCCCCGCGCAAGUUCCCCAUGCGGUUCUUCCGGCGGAGCGACCGCGGCAGCCGGUGCAUGGCGUUCCUCGACUUCCUGCUGAGGAUCGCGGCGUUCGGGCCCGCGCUCGCGGCGGCCAUCGCGACCGGCACGUCCGACGAGACGCUCUCCGUCUUCACCGAGUUCUUCCAGUUCCGCGCCCGUUUCGACGACUUCCCGGCCUUCCUGUUCCUCAUGGUGGCGAGCGCGAUCGCCGCGGGGUACCUGCUGUUAUCCCUCCCGUUCUCCGCCGUCGUCGUGCUGCGGCCUCAAACCACCGUCCUCAGGCUUCUCUUGCUCGUCUGCGACACGAUCAUGCUCGGGCUGCUGACGGCGGGGGCAGCGGCGGCGGCGGCCAUCGUGGACCUGGCGCACAGCGGGAACGAGCGUGCCAACUGGGUGCCCAUCUGCAUGCAGUUCCACGGCUUCUGCCGGCGCACGAGCGGCGCCGUCGUGGCCUCCUUCCUCUCCGUCUUCAUCUUCGUGCUCCUCGUCGUCCUCGCCGCCUUCUCCAUCAGGAAGCGCUGAAACCAGCCUUGCUCCGGCCGGCAGUCCAGCUGCGGCAACCCCGGGCUUUGUUUAAUUAACGGUGCCUGUGUUUUUAAAUGUUGCAUGCAUCCUCAGUUUCCUUUCUGCAUUUGUGUAAUUCUGCGCAUUGGCGAGUAAGUGGCAGUGCACCUGUUAAUCUGUACUUGUAUUUGUGUUGCUUGGUAAUACAAGGUCGUCAGCGAUCAACGUGUUCCGAAA